UAUUUGUCCACUAGAGGAGAGGUUCUCGCUUCAUAUCCCCUCAUUGCCUGCAAAACCACUCUCUCUCUCUCUCUCUCACACACACACAGUGUCAGCAUGAAAGCUUCGCCGUCUCCGUUUCCAAUCUUCAGUCCGCGUCUCAGAACUCUCCAGCUUCCGCUCAAAUCCCACCUCCUAAAAGUCACCCCUGUCACUAUGUCACCAUGCAAAGCGGCCUCCGUGGUGCCUCCGCCACCACCAGACUUCAACUUCAAGAAUGAAAUUCUUGAUCUUUCCACUGCCGCGAUAGCUGAAACCCACCCGGAAUUACUUGAUUUGGCAGAAAAUGGGACCCUGGUCCUGAUCAAGAAAAGCCAAUACGGCCCCGUUCCACCCUGGAGAAGUGAGUUUGUGGAGCCCGAGGCUAUUUGGAUUAUUGGGACUACGCAUAUUUCCAGGGAAUCAGCUUCUGAUGUUGAAAGGGUUAUCAAUGCUGUGAGGCCUGACAAUGUUGUUGUGGAGCUUUGUAGAAGCAGAGCUGGGAUCAUGUACAUUCCUGAGAACGCUGACCAGAAUCCGCAGCUAAGGUCCAGUAUGUUCUCUCUGAGUGGAACUGGGUUCUUUGGUGCCAUUGGCCGAAGCAUCAACCUGGGCGGUCAAACUGCUUUAGCAUUACGGUUGCUCUUGGCAACUUUCUCUUCGAAAGUAUCUUCAGAUAUUAAUCGUCCCUUUGGUGAUGAGUUUCGUGCUGCUCGAAAGGCUUCUGAAGAAAUUGGUGCUCAGUUAGUCUUGGGAGACCGCCCAAUAGAGAUAACUCUUGAAAGGGCAUGGAGUUCACUGAAGUGGAAGGAGAAACUGAGCCUAGUCUCCUCUGUCAUUCGUGGAAUAACAUCAUCUGAUCUCUCCAAUAAGACGUUGGAGGAAUCUAGUUCAGGUGAUAGCAGCUUCCAGCUGUAUGAGCAGCUGAGUUUUUCAUAUCCAUCGCUUCUGCCUCCUCUCGUACACGAACGAGAUACAUUUCUUGCCUGGUCCCUGAAAAGGAGCAAAGCUGUGAAUAAUAGUAAGAAAGUUGUCGGAGUUAUUGGAAAAGGCCACAUGAACGGAGUCGUAUACUCACUUGUCUCCGAUACAGGGAACUUGCGCUUCAGAGACCUUGCUGGGAAGAAGCCUGGAAAUGACUACGGUUGGGCUGGUUCCAUUGCCAAAGACUUGUUGAGAGAUACCGUAAUUGGCGCUCUACUAUGGCUAGCAUAUGAACAACUGAAGUUAAUAUUAUAGAACACCGAGUUUACAAUCCUCGUCUUACCGUUACAAUUAUGCAGAAAAAUCUGAAACUGGAAAGGAUUCAGUGAUAUUUCAGUUGGUUCUCUAAUUUGAUCAUGAUCCAAUUUUACAAAUACUUCA